UUUUCAAAAUGGCGGGUGUUGUGAAAGCAGUAUUUCUGUUUUGUCUCCAGGUUUCUUUAGUUUUUUGUCGUAGCAAUAGUGUCAGUGGAGGCUGCUACGAUCCAAAAUAUGACGAAGGUAUUAAAGGAGUGAAGACAUACCCACGUCCACAUGAGUAUAUGAGUUCAAGCUCUCUGCCAAAGAACUGGGAUUGGAGAAAUGUUAACGGAACAAACUUUGCAAGUACAACAAGAAAUCAACAUAUACCCCAAUAUUGUGGAUCUUGUUGGGGCAUGGGGACCACCAGCGCCCUCGCAGACAGAAUCAACAUCAAACGCAAGGCAGCCUGGCCCUCUGCCUACCUCUCUGUACAGAACGUCAUAGACUGCGGCAAUGCGGGAAGCUGUGAAGGUGGGGGUCAAUUAGGGGUUUACGAAUAUGCACACAAGAAAGGAAUCCCUGAUGAAACGUGUAACAACUACCAGGCAAAGGAUCAGAAAUGCAAUGAAUUUGACCAAUGUGGAACCUGCACUACAUUUGGCAAGUGCCACACUAUUGCUAACUACACACUUUGGAAGGUUGGUGAUUACGGUUCCGUCAGUGGCAGAGACAAAAUGAUGGCCGAAAUCUACAAAAAUGGGCCAAUAAGUUGUGGAGUUGAUGCCACUGAUACCUUUGAGCUUUACAAUGGCGGGAUUUACAAGGAAUACAAGCUAUUUAUAGGGAUCAACCAUAUAAUAUCAGUAGCUGGAUGGGGAGUUGAUCCUACUAGCGGAGUGGAAUACUGGAUUGGACGCAACUCAUGGGGACAACCGUGGGGAGAAUCGGGCUGGUUCCGUAUUGUCACCAGUAUGUACAAGGGAGGUGAAGGAGACCAUUACAAUCUUGGUAUUGAGAAGUCAUGUGCCUAUGCUGACCCAAUCCUGCCCUAGGCAACACACAGUGGUGCACCCUGGGAAAUUACAUCAUGUGACAGCAGCUGAGGAUAAUAUUAUGAACAAUAACAACCAAAGAACCAUAACAACCAAAGGAUAACUUCAAUCGGAUAACAUUACAAACUGGUUAUAAAUCUUUUUAUUCGUUAAAAUUGAAGAUGAUUCGUCAAUUGAUGAAUUAAGGUGGAAGUAGAACAAUUUCAUUUUUAUUUUGUCAUACCCUGAAGAUAUGAUGCAAUAUUGGGCUUCAUCUUUCUAUCAAAGCCCAGAAGGUAUCAUCCUUCAUGCACAAUUUACUAGACCAUCUCCUUCUUUGUUUUAUCAUUACAGAUAUUUUCUACAGCUAUCACAAGAUGUAUAUACCUGGUUGCCAUAUUUGCAUUCAAUUUGACAAUUAUAUUUUUGUAUUUGGCAACCCACGGGAAUUUUUUUGAGUCUUAUGUUGGGUACAACUUUCACUUGUCUAUAUGUGUAUUUUUGAUCAUUUCCUAGUUAUACCUGUAUCCUUUUGCCAAUUUUUUUCAAAAUCAUGCACUUCAACGGCAAAAUUACCAAUAUUUCAGGGCAAAAUUGCCAAUAUUUCAGGUUGCUCUUAUCAUGAUUUGAGAAACUGCAAAUGUGUGCUUCACAGACGUUAUUUUGAAAUUGUAUAUCC